GAUCCGCCUGCAGUAAACCUCCAGGUGCUGUCGCCAUCGGUUGGCGUGAAUCGGCCCCUGAUGUUCCCUGGACUCUCGUCUGCCACGACCAUCAAGCAGCUCAAAGAGAUGAUCCGACAAAGCCUCCCCUUGCGGCCAUCGGACGAAAACCAGCGUCUCAUCUAUCGCGGCCGAGCGCUUCUACAUGAGACCGAUACUCUGCUGGAUGUAAUCAGAGGCGAUGUGUUUCGCCAACCCGACCUACAUACAAUACACCUUGUACUCAGAGACGUGUCUGAUGGCGUAUCCCCAGCAUCAACCUUUUUACCCGUUACCCAGAGCCCAGCUUUGGGAAACCAACCUUCAAACAUCCAACCUCCAAACAUCCAGCGCCAAUCGCCUCCACACCCCGCGUUCAUGGGACCUCCUCCUCCGCCUGGCAUGGCAAGAAGACCAGUGGUGCAGCCAGUUCAUCAGAUUCAUCAGAAUGCCACGCCAUCUCAGCCGCAGGCGCCGUCAUCGGCUCGCCCGCAUUCCCCAUCCCCAGCUCAUACUCCCGAGCAGGCGGCAGCUUUCCAGCAGCAACAUCAAAGCAUGACGCAAUGGUUAACACAGAUCCAGAGAGAAGCCAUGGCCAGGAUGGUUCAACAGAAUCAGCGCGGGAGAGCUCAUAUGGGCAUGCGCGGUGUUGGCGACCCCGCGGCUGCCAACUACGGGGGAUUAACUCCAGAGUCAAAUAGUGGGAGAGGGAGUCCGGCCCCAUCGCACACAAUUUAUCGAGAAGUCAUUGGACCCAACGGCCACAGCUACCACGUCGAGACUCGUAAUGGAGCUGGUGGACUCCCAGGGGCAUCUGCAUCUGCGCCGUCAAUUCCUGGUGUAUUUACCCCUAAUGAUAUUCACAACAUUCUGCGAGGGGCAGACUCCAACCAGAUACCCGCACCCCUGGCAAAUGCACUGCAUCAAAGCAACUUGCGCCGAAGUGCCUCUAGUGCCUCGCUUCACAACCGGGCGUUCAACCAACCCUCCAUCACUACCUCUGUCUUUGCGAAUGGUGGCUCUCGAGCUGGCAGCGGCCGAGCUACGCCAGACCUAGGGCUGAGGUCGGUUUCUGGCUCAUUCAUUCCCGCCCCUACGUCUGCCCCUUCUCUUGUUCCAUCCCAGUCACGACAGGGUGUCGAUGUGUAUAUUCUGUCAUCCCCCGAGGGGCCCCGCGCCCUUCUCUUCAACGGCAAUGUGGCAGAGGCUUACUACACGCCCAGGCUGGCUAUGCAGCCGCUUCCCUACUACUCUCCAAGCUUGAUCCGCACGAUGCAGCCGCAAACCAGGGAUGACCAUCAUCAGACACAGCGGGCAGACGCAAGACAGGCUGCUCAAACCCCUCAGGACCCAGCGCCACAGCCUCAGCCUCAGCAGCAGCAGCAGCAACAACAACAGGUCCAACAGCCGCAGCCUCCGCAGCCGCAGGGCCAACAGCCAAGAAUCGCCCCUUUACAUGCUGGUAACCCACCUGCGGCUGGCCUAGCUCAUCUGAUUGUGCAGUUGGCUCCUCACAUCUGGCUUAUAGUACGCCUAGCCCUUUUUGUGUGGUUCUUUACGCCUGUCAACUCUAGCUGGUCAAGAUGGUGCACUGUUAUUGCUUUGGCAUUGUUCAUGUUUGCCCUCACCACCGGGCUCUUGGCCGGCUAUGCCGAGCAGAUCUGGCGACCGAUAGGACGGUAUCUCGAAACUGUGCUGCCUGCCAUGGAUCAUGGGAAUCAUGGACACAGGCAGGAUGCAAACCAUGAUGGGGCCCCUAGAGCUGAGCGAAAUAGGAUGCCUGACCCUGCUGAGACGGCUGCCCGACUGCUUGCUGAGCGUCGCAAUCAAGAAUCGUGGCUCACGGGGCAAUUGAGGCGACUGGAGCGAGCGGGCCUCCUCUUCCUUGCCAGUAUUGCUCCUGGGGUUGCGGAACGCCAUAUUGCUAAUCAAGAAAGAGAAGCAAGGGAACAGGAAACGCGGCGCAGAGAAGCCGAAAUUGCGGCAAGAGCGGCAGAGGCAGCA